GAGUCAGUGGCGCGAGACUGUCAUACAGAUACCGUCAGUCAUAAGACGGGAGGACCCACGCAAGUACCAAUAUGGAGUUUGUGAGGAAGACAAGGGACAGGUACCACGAAUUCCUCGAAGCGGGAGACCCGCGGGUUCAGGGACUACCCUUAAUGUCCUCGCCCGUGCCCUCAGCUGUCAUCCUUAUCUGCUACUACAUAUUCGCGUACUAUGGACGCACAAUCAUGGCCGACAGAAAACCUCUUCAGAUGAAACAGUUUGUAAUGGCCUACAACUUCGGAAUGGUGUUUUUCUCCAUUUACAUGGCUAAAGAGUUCGCUAUGGCGGGGUGGCUAACGGGAUACAAGCUGGGGUGCCAGCCAGUUGACUACACAAAAAGCGGAGAUCGAAUGGCCUUUACUACAUACCUGUUUUUCAUAUCAAAGAUGGUAGAAUUAACCGACACGAUAAUUUUUGUAUUGAAAAAGAAGUUUCAUCAAUUAACAUUUCUGCACCUAUUCCAUCAUGGAUUCCUGCCAUUCAACUGGUGGUUCGGCAUAAAAUUUGCACCAGGUGGCUGGGGAACCUUUCACGCUUUCAUCAAUACAAUGGUGCAUAGUGUGAUGUAUAUGUACUAUUUCCUAUCGGCCUGUGGACCCGCUAUUCAGAAAUAUUUAUGGUGGAAAAAGUACAUCACUAAAAUACAGAUCGCGCAGUUUAUCCUGGUUAUUGGACACACCCUGUCGACGUUUCUGUUUGUAAAGCAUUGUGACUAUCCAGUACUCGCUGUCAGAAUGGUGCUAUUCUACAACUUUUGUUUCCUAGUUCUAUUUUUGAACUUUUACAUAAAAACAUAUAAACCAAAACCAAAACCGGAAGAAAAGGAGAAAAUGGUUUGCACGAAUGGACAUGGGAAAAAUAACCAUGAAUCGGAUGGCCAUAUUAAAAACGGAAAGAUAGAAUGAUGAUAACAAAAAGUAGCUUUGUUGACGAUAGGUAUGCAUAUAAAGGAUAUUUUAAACACCAUGCAAGCUCUGUCCUGUAGAAAAAGUGUUUGUAGUAUGAAGAGAGUACAAGUUUAUUUCUUAAACGAUCUAGUUUUAAAUGCGAUAUAUGACUUUAAGAAGGACUAAUCUGAGGUCUAGAGUAAGGCGUCAAAGACACAAACCUGAGGUUUAGAGUAAGGCGUCAAAGACACAAACCUGAGGUCUGGAGUAGUGCGUCAACGAAACGAACCUGAAGUCUGGAGUAGUGCGUCAACUAAACAAACCCGAGGUCUGGAGUAGUACAUCAACGAAACAAACCUGAGGUCUGGAGUAGUGCAUCAACUAAACGAACCUGAAGUCUGGAGUAGUGCGUAAACGAAACGAACAUGAGGUCUUGAGUAGUGCAUCAACUAAACGAACCUGAAAUCUGGAGUAGUACAUCAACUAAACGAACAUGAGGUCUUGAGUAGUGCGUCAACGAAACAAACCUGAGGUCUGGAGUAGUGCAUCAACUAAACGAACCUGAAGUCUGGAGUAGUACAUCAACUAAACGAACAUGAGGUCUUGAGUAGUGCGUCAACGAAACGAACAUGAGGUCUUGAGUAGUGCGUCAACGAAACGAACAUGAGGUCUUGAGUAGUGCGUCAACGAAACGAACAUGAGGUCUUGAGUAGUGCGUCAACGAAACGAACAUGAGGUCUGGAGUAGUGCGUCAACGAAACGAACAUGAAGUCUGGAGUAGUGCGUCAACAAACGAAUCUGAGGUCUGGAGUAGUGCGUCAACGAACGAACAUGAGGUCUGGAAUAGUGCGUCAACUAAACGAACCUGAAGUCUGGAGUAGUACAUCAACUAAACAAACCUGAGGUCUGGAGUAGUGCGUCAACGAACGAAUCUGAGGUCUUGAGUAGUGCGUCAACUGAACGAACAUGAGGUCUUGAGUAGUGCGUCAACUAAACGAACCUGAAGUCUCGAGUAGUGCGUCAACGAAACGAACCUGAAGUCUCGAGUAGUGCAUCAACUAAACAAACCCGAGGUCUGGAGUAGUGCGUCAACGGAAAAUCAGAGGUUUUGAAAAGCGCGUCAAAGACAGAAAUCUGAGGUAUGAAGGCGUACAAUACAAAUUGUUAUGGUCUAGAGUUGACACACACCUGAAGUCUGGAGAAGUGAGUCAAAGGCACUUACCUGAGAUCUGGUGUAGUGCGUCCGAGACACAAAUGACAUAAAUCAUGUGAGUUUUAAAUGAGGCUGAAUAUGAGAGAUGUUGUGGAAAUUCAUUUAAAUUAUGCUGACAUGUGUUUUGUAUAUGGGGUCGAACGUGUGUGAUUGUAUAAGGAAAAGUUGUGUUGCAGAAUGCAGGUUAAAUCUUCCUGCAGCAUCAGAUUAUGUUCAUGUCAAUGCAUUACAUGUUCUAUAAUAACAGACAGUAAUGUCCUCAUAUCUAAAUACAUAUUAAUGUCCAUGUAAUAAGCUAAAUCACAUCCAAGUACAAAUCCGAAAGUUCUCGGAUUGUACAAAUGACACAAGAUAGCACUUUUCAAAACAAAUUAAGAAUCUCAUUCAGUAGAGCCAAAAUGAAUUAUACUACACCAUACAGCUGUUUGUCCUU